UAUUCAUUUGCUUACAUUGUGGUUUUGUUAACGGUGCAUACCUCCAGAAUACAUUAUCUAGCAUCAUCUAAUCAUUAGACGCCCCCGCCCCCUAUAAUCAGUCAGCUACCAUGGAGAAGUAUGCGACGUACCCAAGCCUGCGGGGAAAGACUGUCUUGAUAACUGGAGGGGCCGAAGGCAUCGGAGCAGCAUCGGUCGAGCUUUUCUGUCGGCAAGGCUCCAAUGUCGUCUUUUUGGAUUACUCGGACGUUUCAGCAAAGAAACUGCUUGAGAAGAUCAAGGAAAUUCCUGGCGCUACCCAGCCCACGUUCCUCCACUGCGAUGUGACCGACUUGGCUCGCCUCAAGGAAUGCGCGGAGAAGGCGCUCGCCGACCACGGCACGGUGGAUGUUCUUCUAAACAACGCCGCUCGUGCCGGCGCCCAGACGAGAGUCCCGACCACUCAGGUAACGCCUGAGUCGUGGGAUCACGACGUCAAUGUAAAUCUUCGUCAUCAGUUCUUUCUAACGCAGGCGGUGGUGCCGGCGAUGCAGAAGAAGGCAUCAGGCAGUAUCAUCAAUAUGGGAUCCAUCACGUGGCGCAUUCCAGCCGUCGGGCUUCCUCUCUACACGAUGUGCAAAGCGGCAGUGGUUGGUAUGACGAGAACGCACAGCAGGGAGUUUGGUCAGUACGGCAUCAGGGUGAACAGCGUUGUUCCCGGCGCCAUUGCGACGCAGAGGCAGAUCGAUGAGGUCUUAACGGAUGAGUACCGCGCCGAAGUGAUGGCCGCGCAAAGUUUGAAGAGAGAUCUCAUGCCUGAUGAGGUAGCGAGACUGAUACUCUUUCUUGCUGCAGAUGAUUCCAGCGCUAUCACUGGGAGUAGCUACGUGAUUGAUGGAGGGUGGGUCAGCGACGUUUAAAGAACUUUUAGGGAAUUGGACUCAUAAGGAAAUUAUAUACUAGAAUCAGAGUGCUUAGGUAUAUUACUAUAUUACUUGACUCGUUCUUCCUUUAUCAGCUAGUUU